AUGGAGCAUGUAGAAGGAGAUAGAUUAAGCAGCUUGCCAGAUGAACUAAUCCAUAAAAUCCUUUCUUUCAUUAACAUCAAAGAUGCUAUUAGCAUUAGUGUAUUGUCAUCUAGAUGGAGGUUUAUCUGGACUUCAAUGCCCUAUCUGAACUUCGAAAAUAUUCUCAAUCAUGGACGCCAAUUCUCCAAAUUUAUUUCUGAUGUUCUAUCCCACCAAAAUAAUCAAAUACAAUUGUCUUCAGUCAAGCUUGUUCUUGGGAGAACACUUAUUGAUGACGAAUCUGUCGCAAGAAUUCUCAACUGUGCAUUCUCUCACAAUAUCAAACACCUCACUGUUACAUGCUCACCUGGGGAAUUUAUUGGAUGUUAUCUUUUUUACAGAUCAUCAUUUAUUGCGACACCAAAGUGGGACCUCCCAGCUUUAACCACAUUGGAUCUUCACCAUGUCAAACUGUCUAAUGAUAAUUAUGGAACUGGUUUAUUCUCAAAGUUGACCUCUUUGUGCACUAUCCUUCCGAUGCAUAUCUUCAUAAAAAUAGUUUGUCUGCUUCAACACCUCCCUAGUGUCAAGCUUCUUACACUUAACUUGGAUCUUCUUGAGAGUCUUUCAUCAUCCAUGGAACUAAUCCCACAUCAAGUUUGUGUGUUUGAUAACGCAAAGAUUUUGAAGUUUACAACAAAAACGCCCGUAAAGGUAUACCUAGAGGUAAACAAGUCUACAGAUAUCAAAAACAAUGAUGAUAGUUUACCAAAUGCCAUCUUCCCAAUGAUCUCACAUGAGAUUAGAGCUAUGUGGGAUAUGGCAUCAGCGCAAGUAUUGGUGAAACAAUUGAGGGUGUUGCUAAAGGAGUGUAAAGCAAAUACAAAUAGUGACACCAACAAGGCUCAUAUGCAUGAACAUGGAAAAUCACAAGUUGGGAAGCACUACGCAUGGACAUUGCAGUUGAACCUUGGGGAAAUGAUGCCAUUGAUACAGCAUGCAGAAAUUGUUGCAGCACUAGAGACUUGUCUUAUGAUGCCUGUUGGGUUAAUCGAGCGAAGGUCGAAGAGGGCUGGUUUGAGAGUCGACUUCCGAAGGGGAGGAGCCUUCGGGUGCGGGGCUGCCAUCGCAGCGGAAACCGGGUGGUUGGCACUGUUAGAGGAGCCUAACCAGAAGCGGAAGAGACAAGCAAAAAAAAAAUCAAAACGGGUGGGAUUUUGGUUUGGCUUGCUUGCUUGCUGGGUAAAAGAAAACGAGAUAGGCAGAAGCUUUGUCUUCUUGAAUGGUGGAAAAAGCUCCUGGAACAAGGUGAGAUCGGAAGAGGUUGGGGCUGUGAAAGGAAAGAAAACAGUGGUCAAGGGCAGAGAAGGUGGCGAGUUUCUUUGUCGGCUGUUUUUUUUGGUGGUGUCUGACAAGGUGGUGAUUCCGGCGGUAGAUUGUGGGUAUGUCACCGGAAAAUGGAGAGAUUAA